AUGGAAAUCGGGAAGGAAGUCCGUGUGGGCAACGCAACGCACCGCAACGAAGAGAAAAACGCUUUGAUCGACGAGCAAAAGGGAAGGAAGAGGGGCAAGGUAUCUACGACGAAUACGAUGGGUGGACACAUAAUGUUUAAUGAAUGUCUUAUGUUUGAAGUGCACCACGGAGGUCGGUUUAAUAGGGAAAAUGGGGUAGCCUAUGUUGGUGGGGAUGUAACAAAUUACCCUGACCUGUAUGACAAAGAUGAGCUGUCUUUUUUUGAUGUGGAGACUGUAGUUAAGUGCUAUGGGUAUAGUCCCGGUGAUUUAAUUUAUUACAGAAUACCUAACAAGAGUCUAGAUGAAGGGCUACGGCUUCUGUUUUCUGACCAUGAUGUCAUUGAAACGGUGGGGCACCACAAUGGUCAUGGAGUAGCAGAGUUAUAUGUGGUUGGGUUUAUUUUGUAUGAUGUACCUGUAGAUUUACCUAGAGGAGAGGAAAGUGUUGAUGAGGAAUAUGAAAAAGAAUAUGAGAGAAAUACUGUAUAUAGGAGAGAUCCAUUUUGGAAUGAGGUUAUAAGUGAUGACUCGGACGCCUUAGAAGUAAAUGCUGAUACGGGGUAUGCAGAGGCAGGAGCUUCUGUCGAAGGAGAAGAUGUAGGAGUAGAUCAAGAGUUUGUAGGAGAACCAUCACACGUAGCAGAAGAAGAUUUGGAAGCAGAAGUAGCAGUAGCUUUAGCUGCAGCUGAAGAUGAGUUUGCACAAGGUGUGGGUAAGGGUAAGGGUAAGGGUAAGGGUGUGGUUGAGGGUGAGGAUGAGCCUGUUUCCGAUGUGUCUCGGAGUGAUAUACUGACCACUCCCGAUAAUACUAGUGGAGAUGAUGAGCCAGAUUCUUCAAAAAGGUCGUGUGUCACCAAAAGGGUGCCAUUUUCAAAAUCUGAUUUUGAGAAGCCGACUCUGCAGAAAGUGUGUGGAGAGAAGAAUUGUAAAUAUAGGGUUUAUGGAAGACAGUUGAAGGGUGAGGCCACAUUCAUGCUGAUUUCGCUUAGGCCCAAACAUACAUGUGCCCGGAAAUACAAGAAUCAUUUGAUUACUUCCAAGUGGAUUGCUGAGUGGUGCUUGGACAGUUUUAGAGAUCAACCGAACAUGCUUGUAGAAGUCCUGAAGAAGAAGGUGAAGACGAAAUGGAAUGUUAAAAUCCAUCCUAGUACCCUAUAUAGGGCUAGGAAGAGGGCACAAGAGGUGAUUUAUGGGAAGUUGGGUGAGCAGUACCAUCGUCUAUGGGACUAUUGCGCGACAAUCAGAAGCACAAAUGUGGGGAGUUGUGUUAUUUUGAUGGUUGAGAGACCUAUGCCCGAAAUGCCAUGUAGAUUCCAAAGGAUGUACAUAUCCUUGGCAGCAAUGAAAAAUGGCUUCAAGGAUGGGUGUAGGCCUGUGAUAAGCCUUGAUGCGUGUUUAUUGAAGGGGGUUUACAAGGGGCAGUUAAUGGAAGCUGUUGGAAGGGAUGCCAAUAAUAACAUGUAUCCAAUAUCCAUGGUAGUUGUAGAGGCAGAGACCAAGGAUAGCUGGUCAUGGUUUCUUGAGGCACUAUUGGCUAAUCUUGGCCCCAGUGGUGUACGUAGAUGGACUUUUAUUUCAGAUAGACAAAAGGGUCUUGUACCAAGUCUUAUGGAGGUGUGCCCUAAUGCUGAGCAUCGGAUAUGUGUGCAGCACUUGUACGCCAAUUUUUGGAAUGACGGUCACCAGGGGGUGUUACUAAAGGACUUGCUGUGGAGAGCUGCUGCAUCUUACACACAGAAUGAGUUCUAUGCUGUAAUGGAAGAGCUUAAGGGCCUUAAUUUGCCAGCCUAUGAGUACCUUUCAAAGGUUGACCUUGCAACUUGGUGUAAGGGAUGGUUCAACACAUAUGCAAAGUGUGACCUCUUACACAACAAUUUGGCCGAGUGCUUCAAUUCUUGGAUCACCAAGUUCAGAGAUAAGACCAUACUGGUAAUGUUGGAAGGCAUUAGGACAAGUUUGAUGAGAAGGUACCAGCGGAAAAGAGAAAUUAUAGCUGCGAUGGAAGGCAAUGUUGGGCCAAAAAUUAAGGAGAAGUUGGAGAAAGAAGAUGAGGCCGGACAUUGUACACCAAUAUUUGCCGGUGAUGGUUUAUUUGAGGUCGAGUGCAGGGGUAGAAGGUAUGCUGUGAAUUUACCUGCCAAGACAUGUGGGUGCAGAAAGUGGGAUGUUUCUGGUAUUCCAUGUGCUCAUGCCAUCUCAUCAAUAUGGCAUGGUGGAGGCAACCCUGAGGAUUAUCUGAGCCCAUACUUUGGCAAGGAGAUGUACCUAAAGGCAUACACACCCAUCAUCUACCCUGUACCUAGUGAGGAGCAGUGA